AUCAUAAUGAGAUCAUCCAAUGCGACGCUUUAACUUAAAUGUUGACUAAUUCUAUGUUGAAGACGAGGCAUGUCUUUCUAUAUAACUUUCUUCCUGGUCUCAUCAUUUGCACUUCCCUAGCUAGCUAGCUCCUAAAACCAUGGCUCCUCCCCACUUUCUCCUUGCAGCGUUCCCGGGCCGUGGCGCUAUAAACCCUGCUCUCCAUCUAGCCGAGCACCUCACGCGCUUGGGCGGUCAUGUUACUUUCUUCACCACCGUGUCUGCCAUCCGCCACAUGAUCGAUCCGGUUUGCCUUGAGGCUUACACCUUCACCACAUUCUCCGAUGGCUAUGACGACGGGAUUGAGCUCGGGGAUGAUGUCAAUCACUUCAUAGCCGAGCUGAAGCGGCGGGGGUUGGAUGCUCUUAGAGGCUUCAUUGAGUAUAGUUCGGGACAAGGCCUCAGGUUCUCGUGUGUACUCAACACGAUGAUCCCUUGGGCCGAUUACGUUGCUCGUUCUCUUCAAAUCCCAUUGGUUCUCAUUUGGAUUCAACCGGCGACUGUCUUCGGCGUAUACUAUCAUUACUUCAAUGGCUAUGGGGAUGUGAUUAAGAAUGUUACAAGCCAAAGUUGUGAUACAACAUCGCUAAUACGAUUGCCCGGCCUACCGCCACUAACCAACCAUGACCUCGCCUCCUUUUUCAACCUCAAAAACCGGUAUGCUUUCGGUCUGCCGCAAAUGCAAAGCCAAUUUGAGCAGCUAAAAGAGGGGGGAAAUCCAAAAGUGGUUCUUGUGAACACCUUUGAUGCGCUCGAACUCGAGGUAUUAAGGUCGAUUAGUACACUGAAUUUGGUCGGAAUCGGGUCCCUUGUCUCGUUCCGUUUCCUAGAUGUGCAAGAUCAUAAUUCUUCUGAUAAAUCCUCCAAAGAUGACCUCUAUCGGGGCUCUGAGGAUUAUGUUCAAUGGUUAAAUACGAAGGAGGAAGGUUCUGUAAUUUAUGUAGCCUUUAGAAGCAUAUCGAAGUUCUCGAAGGCGCAAAAGCGAGAAAUGGCUCGCGGAUUGCUAGAGACCGGCCGGCCAUUCUUGUGGGUGAUGAGAAAGAAGGAUGGAGAUGAUGAUGAACUCAUUUACGAAGAGCAAUUAGACGAGAAGGGAGUGAUAGUCCCAUGGUGCUCUCAAAUCGCUGUCUUGUCGCAUCCUUCGGUAGGAUGUUUCUUCACACACUGCGGAUGGAACUCCACGCUCGAGAGCUUGGUGUGCGGUGUUCCGAUGGUGGCGUUCCCACAAUUUACUGAUCAGAUGACAAACUCGAAGCUCGUCGAGGACGUGUGGAAGGUCGGGGUUCAACUGUCCGAGAUUGAUAAAGAAGGCAUUAUCGUUGAGGGAGGUGAAAUCAAGAAGUGCUUGGAAUUGGUCAUGGGAGGUGGAGAGAGAGGUGAUGGAAUUAGAAAGAAUGCAAAGAAGUGGAAGGAUUUGGCCAGGGAGGCUUCCAAGGAUGGUGGGUCUUCAGACAAAAAUCUCAAGGCCUUUGUUGAAGCAUUCACUAAAGUAGAUUAAUUCACGAUAAAAUGUUAUAUGUUAGCUUGAAUUUAAAUAUGGCUUGAGACUAUGUAUUGAAAAUUGUGCCAAGUCGAGCGGUGAUAUAGAUGAUGUAUGAAUAUGACUUUCCUUGUACAAUGAAAGGGAAAAAUAAAAGAAUUUAGAACAAUUCUUAUCGAUAAUUGGUAGUUCUUUUACUAGUC